AUGGAUCAGCAACAGCAGCAACAGCAGCAGCAACAGUGGUUGGCCGCACAACAAGCUCAGGCUCAGGCUCAAGCUCAAGCUCAGGCUCGGGCACACGCUCACGCUCAGCAACUCCAACAAGCUCAACAACAUCACCAACUCCAGCAUGCUCACCAACAUCACCAACUCCAGCAUGCUCAACAUGCUCACCAACAGCAACAGUGGCAACAGGCUCAACUCGGGCAAUACCAAGGGCAGCCCAUUUCAAGCUGGCACGGCCAAUACCCCCACCAUGCACCAGGAUCCGCAAUGCACCCAUCACAAGUCGCAGGGUCAAGCAGGAACCCUCAGGCUCAGGAUUACUACUACGGCUCGCAAACGCAGCCUUUGCAUGGAGCGCAUAUGGGCCACCAAACCCCGCACAGCUAUGCCUCUUACCCUUUGACGACGCAUCAAGCCAGUGGCCAGAUUCAAGGACAACCUCAACCGGAUCGGUACCAGGAGGGAUGGCAAAGCGUUGACCGGCGCCUAAAGUCCCAGGCGGUAUUUCGGAUCCAUGCAGAAACCAUUAUAGAGGAGAACAAGUAUGCAAUCUUCAACUGCGAUGUCACGGUCCUCGGGCGCAAGGUCCUCAGAUUCAACACAAAAUCAUCGAGUGCCAACAACGGAUCGUUCGUUACAAACAUGGUGCCUGCAAGGGGUUCCGAGUUUUCUGAUAAGGAGGACCUCAAUUUGCAGUUUGAAUGGCCCGCUUGGAUGCUGGGUGAUACACAACCUAGGGCAUUUCCACAAAUCUCAUCCACACAUACGGAUGGAUGGGUCACCCUCGCUAACUUCGUUAAGGUACGCGUAUGGGACCAGCGGUUGUGCUUCCAAGUAGACCAACCCGGAGUCAGCCACAUGUGGUACGGACGAUACCACAAUGAGAUACUCGAGUUCACGUGGAUCGACCGAAACAGAGAUAGAAAGGUAGGGUCUUUUCAAAUGACUUCAGCUGGGUAUCUAUUGGAAUACCUUACUGGGAUCCAGCUGGAUGCGAGGGGGUAUCAAAUGGGCACCUUUAUGUGCUAUCUUUUCUUGGCACUCUUCAGGCCAUGGGCGUGGCACGAUGUGCCGGAAACGACAAACGAUAAUUACUACAGGAGCAAAUACCUUCUCUAUAGCAACUACAACGUGUUGCUUGUCCCCUCCCUCCCCGCCAAUUUGGCCGCCUACCUGCCUUUCUGA